AUGGCAGAAGGGUUAAUUCAGCAACCAGAAGGGAGUAAACAAAUGGAAGACUUGGGUAGUGAGUACUUCAAUGAAUUAUAUUCAAGGUCAUUCUUUCAGAAAUCAAGAAAGGACGAAACAAAGUAUGUGAUGCAUGACCUCAUGAAUGAUUUGGCACAGUGGGUUGCAGAAGACAUAGGAUUUAGGUUGGAAGAUAAGGUGGACAAUAACAAUGGAUGCGGGAUUUUUCCUAAGGCACGAUAUUCAUCUUACAUCAGUGCAAAGUUUGAUGGAAUUCAAAGACUUGGGGCCUUCUCCAAAGUUAAGUAUUUGCGGACUUUUCUACCACUUACAGAAUCAUAUGAUGAGGAGAAAUACAUUACUACCACUUUUACUCUUUGUACAUUGCUGAAAUUACGGUAUGUAAGGGUGCUUUCUCUUAAUGGCUAUAUGUUAACCAAGCUACCAGAUUCAAUUGGUGAACUGAAGCAUCUACGGUACCUUGACCUUUCUUACACAAACAUAACAAGUUUGCCACAGUCGAUAACAACUCUCUACAACUUACAAACUUUGUUAGUAGAAUAUUGCUAUAAUCUAAAUGAAUUGCCUAAUGGUAUGGAGAAUCUAGUCAACCUGCAUCAUCUCAACUGUUCAAAUCUAUGGUCUUUGAAAGGAAUGCCACCAUGUCUAGGCAAAUUGACUAAUCUCCAAACCUUACCUUACUUCGUUGUGGGAAAAGAUAGUGGGUCAUCAGGAGUUGGAGAGUUAGGACAUCUGUCGAAUCUACAUGGGACACUACACAUCUCAAGACUAGAAAAUCUAAACGGAGCUAAGGAUGCAGCAAUGGCUAACUUAGUUGGCAAGAAUGGCAUCGAUGUGUUGCUAAUGGAAUGGAAUGAGAGAGAAAUGGCAGAUCCAGAUGUCCUUGAAAUGCUACAACCUCCUCAGACGCUCAAGGAGCUUACUCUUAUGCAUUUUGUUGGUCCAAAAUUUCCAACUUGGAUGGGAAAUCCUCUUUUCUCCAAUAUGGUGCAUGUGACUUUGGAGGGCUGUCAUGGGUGUAGAUUUUUGCCCCCACUUGGACAAUUGGUCUCACUCAAAGAACUUUUUAUAUAUAGAAUGUCCAAGGUAGAGAGCGUUGGCAACGAGUUUUAUGGGGAGGGCUGCUUGAUGCCUUUCCCAUUGCUGGAAACCCUUUACUUUGAGAAUAUGGAAAAUUGGAAAGACUGGUUUCCUAUUGAAACUAAUAAUGGGAUUGAAGGGUUUCCUCACCUGAAAGAGCUCAUUAUAAGAAGAUGCCCCAAGUUGGAGGGAAAGAUACCUGACAACCUUCCAUCAUUAGCAAAACUUGUGAUUGGUAAAUGUGACCGGUUGAUAGUUUCAAUUCCUAGCCAUCAAAUGCUUAAUGAAUUAAACAUCGACAAAUGCAAAGAGUUGGUGCCAAAAAGCGAGGUGGACCUGAAGUCACUAAGGUCACUCUUUCUUAAUGACAUUUCAAAAUUUGGGUAUCCAGCAGAGGGAUUCAUGCAAGGAUUGAUAAGGGUAGAAGAUUUCAAGGUUGUUGGUUGUAACGAGAUGAUGUCUUUAUGGUGGGAUGACUUACAGCAGCUGACUUCUCUUCGUUGUUUAGAAAUAGAAGACAGUUUUAAGUAUUUCACAUCAAUAGGACAAGAAACAGGCUAUGCACAAUCAUGGAUACCUACCAAAGUUGAAUCACUGAAAUUAGAGAAAUGUCAGAAUCUUUUGAAGAUACUACAAGGAUUACACCUAACAUUUCUUCAAGAGGUAUACAUAGUACACUGUGCAAGUUUCAACUCUUUUCCAGAGGCUGGUUUGCCAGCAUCUCUAAGAGUUGUUUAUAUUGGUUGGUGCAAUUCUUUCUUGUUUUUAGCAAGAAACCAGUUGCCUCCAGCAUUGAAAAGGCUGACUAUAUGUUAUUGCCAUAGUUUGCAAGAAUUGGUGCAAGAGGAGGAUGUCAACAGCAAUAGAGCAUCUUGUCUCGAGACGCUGGUUAUAAAAGGUUGUCCAUCUCUCAUGCAAAUAUCAACAAGAGGUGGCUUGCCAGCAAGGCUUAAGCACCUUCAGAUUCGGAGGUGUGAUGCUCUCCAAUGUCUAUCUUUGGACAAGUUACCAGACAAACUUGAACACCUUGAGAUCGAGCAAUGUGGUAGGCUAAUGUCCUUAUCAUCCAAUCAUGAUCUACCUCAGAUGCUUAUGCCCGUUGAGAUAUCUGAUUGUGGAAAAUUGGUGUCAAUAACAGAUAGGUUUCACAACAACACUAGUUUGGGAUCUAUUAAGAUCAUUGAUUGCCCAAAGCUUAUAUCCUUGCCUGAGGGCAUCCACCACCUUACCAAUCUUAGUGAGUUGCAUAUUACUUGGUGUGAUAGUUUGGUUUCCUUCCCAGGAAAAGGAUUGCCCACUUGUAACUUGAGAGAUGUCUCAAUAGUGAAGUGUAAUAAACUGGAGGCCUUUCCCAAAGGCAUGAACAAUCUCAGCUGUCUUCAUAAACUGAGCAUUUCUUACUGUGAAGGAUUUACAUCCCUCUUGGAAGAUGGCUUUCCACCAAACUUAACAUCUCUUUUUAUCCGAGAUCUCAAGGUCACUAAGCCACUUUUCAUGUUUCGGUUGCAGAGACUUCCAUCUCUUAGGGAGAUAGUAAUCAGUGGUAAUGCUUCAGACAUGGUGUCUUUUCCACCUGAAGAACAGGAGGGGAUGAUGUCGCUGCCAAAAUCUCUCAUUGACCUCAAGAUUUUCGGUUUCCCAAAUCUGAAUUAUCUAUCAGCUGAGGGAUUUCAAUGCCUCACCUCGCUUGAAUGUCUUACAAUCCGUUCCUGUGAAAAGCUGGAAUCUUUUCCCAAGGGGGGGUUUUCCACUUUCGCUUUUGAAACUUCAAAUCUCUGGCUGCCCUCUACUACACGAACAAUGAAGAAGCAAUAA